CUCUCUUCAUUUCUACUCCUCUCCUCUCUUAUUUUCCUUUAUUACUUAUCCGUAUCACUUAUCGCAAACAUGCAACCAGCAACCGAGCGCCCAUUUAAGGCCUCCAGGUUUGCAUACCGGACCAACACGGAUGGCCUUACCGCUUCCAACCCAGGCGCCAAGGCUGGUGUUGAGGACGCGAAAGAGAGUUAUAAAUGCGCCCUCAAAAUGUUCGAAUCAGCGGAUAAAGAAGCCCGGGAAGAAUAUCAGAACAACAAAGAAGCCGGUCUAACUAUCGAUACUUUUGGAACUUGGGUAAUGCAGAAUGAUCCUGUUUGGGUUGCCCAGAGGGCGGAGGCGGAAGCACGGGGUGCAGCUUUGACUAGCGCUGCUAUGUUUGCCUUUGGGCAAGAUUAUAUGCAGAAAAUCCAACAGGGACAGUCAGAAAUGGCCCAGGAGGCAUACAGAGCGGGUUUUACUCCUGAGGUAUUCUGAGAUAAAUCAUGGGUUUCAUCCGAAUUAAGUAUUGGAGCUUAAAGUGAGAUUAUAACGAUAUCCAUCAAGG